GUCCCGUAACAAUAACGAAAAAAUUAUUUAACAGGGGAGCGAUUUUUAAAACGCAAUUCCUAUCUUUGAAAUGAAGACGGUAUGCACAUUAUAAAUGAACGGGUUUUCCACUACAGUUACAUCCCCCCCCACCAAAAAAAAAAGACCUUAAAAAAAAAUAUAUAUAUGUACAUGUAUAUACAUAUAUAUAUAAAAGAAUGUAAAGCAAGUUUGCCUUCCCCAUUGUUGCGAGGAAAAUUACUUUCCUUACGUGCGUCCAACUUCUUCCCCGUCUCGUGCAACUCCGCUAACAAUACCGUUGGAGUACCAAAAAAAAAAAUGAUAAAAAAUGAAUAAAAAUGAGGUGAACAACUUUUUGUGCCAGUUUGACUUUUCCGCCCUGGAGGAGUUGGACCCAUCAUUAGCGGACGGCUACACCGCCUGUUACAGAAAAGAAGUCCCAUUCGAGAUAAAAGUGGAGCAGGCAAACGACGGGCCGCAGGAAAUAGGCUCACUGGAAAUUAUAACGGUGAAACUUUUGGCGUUGGGGGAGGAAUCAAAUGCCAAGCGCAUCAAGAUAGAACUAACCUGCGAAGCGGACCUGUUUUUUCACUUUACGCAAAUAGUAGACGAACGCUCGUUUGAAGCUAUGCAGGCCAGCCAAAAACUUAUGAUUAAUUUUUCCGAAUAUUUGGAAGUUCUAAUAAAAAUGUUCAACUCCUGUGUAGGGGACCCGCGCAGCUUUUUGGCUGUUCUGACUGUGAAGCAAAAUGGAAAAGCUCGGCUGGAUUUCAUAAAGAACGUCGAAUAUAAGUUCAUCGAACUACUGGUGUGCGAACUUAUCCAGUCCUCCGAGGAAACAAUAAGGGAGAGCAUUUCCUACAGGUACAAUGCCAUCAAGUCGAAAAAUUCCAUAAUGUACAAAAGGUUACAAGACAUAAAUCUGUUAAUCAAGUCGAAAAACCCGUCCCUCCUAAUGCAACUCCAAAAAACGGUAAACAAGCAAAUGGAACUUCGGAAGAACAGACACUACAUCAGAAACAUAUAUAACUCGAGUUGA